AUGUUAACGGUUAAUGCUAAGUUCAACCCAAUUGAAUUCAGAAACUGCAUAUUAGCAGAUCCAUCUUUUAUUCCAGCAACAUCUGAAUACACUUUUCAGAAAGAAAGUGUUCAUGAAUGGUUAAAAGAGACGUCAGAAUUGGCCAAAGAUGUAGUGAUGGAAGACGAAUGGAAACAAGUACCACUGGAGCGUGACGUUUGUAGUAAGGAACCAGAAACUGGGGCGGGUACUACCAUUAUGGAAAGGUCAUUAUGUCCAUGGCAGUGGAGGGUAAACCGUGACGAGGACAGAGAACCAAAAGAGAUUCUGGAAGCUUAUUGCCUGUGCAGGAAGAGUCGUGGUAACUCGGGAUCGUUAUGUACUCCGAUAAUGCGAGAAGUAGCAGUACUUAAGAAGGUUUUAUGCGAUCCAGUAAUACGACAUUAUCAGUACGUGAAGGCUAUACAGACGAUUACCGUUGGUUGUCAUUCGGUGUUACCUCGCGUUGAACUUGCUUCACCAUUCAGAUAUUUUAGGAAUCCUUUUGGGCAGGAAAUCUAA